UGAAUUAAACUAUGUUCACGUUGUACACAUAAUAUUGCAAAACGGAUUAGUUUGAAAUAUAAAAUUGAUGGAUGGAGUUGCUCGAUUGAAAAUAUUUUAAAAUAUUCUGUUUCGUCUGUGUCGUUUCUCGUGUAGUAUAGUUAAGGAACUGAAGAUUAUUCUAUGUCACUUUUUUUUUAAGCAAAUAUCAGGUUAUAGGUUAUGUUGAAAUAUGUUGUACCAAACGAAGUUUCGUUUUUAAGGAUAUUUAGCAGAUUUGAUUUGAAUAUAAAAAUCAGACAAUCAGUGUUACUUUACUCGAAGAAUAUAAUGCAUUAAUUUAAGAAAACUAGUAUUAAGAAUCAUUAAAAAAUGUAAUUGAAUUGUAUUAAUUCCUUGGAAACCUCGAUGAACUUAAGAAACGCAUUAGAAAUUGCACUGAUUCUUUUUUUACUUUACCUUAUCCCUUCUUUCCUCCAGAUCAUUACCGAGGUUGAUGUACCAGAACUCCAGCUGUUAGCGUCAAACUUGAAGCCUGAAGAGUGUGUCAAACUUGUAUCCUUAGGUUCUAAUUCUCCUUUAUCGGAAACGCAAAUACAAAAAUUAGCCCGAGAUCAAAGCUGUUUUCGAAGACUCGUGAAAUGGAUAUGCCAAUUGAGAACAGUUACGAGGAACACGUAUCCGAUUUUGAACGAUCAUCUUAAACGAAUCGGAAGAAGAGAUUUGGUCGCGUGCCUCGCAGAAUUCAGUAUGAAAACUACGAAUGUUCCAAAGGUGGUUCGUCAAGUUCAACCUAUUGGAUAUUACAAGCUGUUCCCAACUUCAGACUGUCCGCCAAAUUUUAAUGACAAUCCUCAUAACAAUCCUCAUGACAAUCCUCAUGACAAUCCUCAUGACAAUCCUCAUGACAAUCCUCAUGAUAAUCCAGACUAUGAUGAAUAUCAACCACCAAAUACAACACCACCAAAACCUAAGCUCCCGAAACAGAUCGAGAAAAUCAGGUUUACUACUUUCACAUUGUCGGUGCAAACUGCAACGCUCAUUGUUAUUUCAAUUAUAUUAGUUACGUGUUGUUGCACUUUGUUUAUAAAGAAAAAAUUCGGGCAUCUGUUUGAUCGAUUACGAGGGAAGAAGAAAAAAGGUAAAUUGAUCAUGAUCGAAGAAGAGGGAGCAGAUAUAUCUAGAAGUUACUUUCUUCGAAAGCCACGAAGGAAAAGGAAAAGGGCGCCAUCGUACGAAAUGGUGACCACUGCCACACAAAACGCUGCAGUUCCCGUGACGCCUGCGAAAGAAGUGGAAGAGACAACGAAAUCACCAGGUUGUCAAAGAUGUUUCAAGAAGAAACGAAAGAGAGCAGCGAAAAGACCGCAUAGAUAAAGCGUGUAAUUAAAAAAAUGUGUUGAAUAUAUUAAAUUCAACACACGAAUUGUAUAAAGCUCUCAAAUGUUCACACCUGUAAUUUUAUUUUAUAUUAAAUAUACUGAAUUAUCGAAGUACAUCUGUAUA